UAAACUUCCGUCCGUCCGCGGCUCUGUAACGGAUCGGUGUAUUCGGUUGUGUAGUCGGUGUGUCCGUGAUGGCGGCGCUUCACCCCGGAGACCCGCAGCUCGUGUCGGUGAUCGUGAAUCAUCUGAAGACCGAAGGACUGUUCGACCAGUUCCGCAGAGACUGCCUGGCGGACGUGGACACAAAGCCGGCGUAUCUGCACCUGCGGCAGCGAGUCGACAACUUUGUGUCCAAUCACCUGGCAAACCACACCUGGAGCCCACAGCUGAACAAGAACCAGCUGAGGAACAGCAUCAGACAGCUGGUGCAGCAAUCAGGUAUGCUGGAGCAGGGUGUGGACCGGAUCGUGGCUCAGGUUGUGGAUCCGAAGGUCCAUCACACCUUCCGCCCGCAGGUGGAGCGAAUUGUGCGCAGGUUCCUGUCUCCACACAGUCACCUGGAGGAGGAGGAGCUUCCUGCUGUAGCCCCACCCCUUCCUGCAGAACACCAGGAAGCUGAAGUGCUGAUUCCAGACGAUGCCGCUGUGAGUUGGAGUGCUGAUGUUCAGAUGUCAGACAGCGCUGUGGCGGAGUCCAACCCGGAGCUCAGUGUGGAGGAGAUGGACAUCAGUCUGCCGGAGGAGGAGGAGGAGCUACAGCUGAAGGAGGAGGAGCCACUGCUGGAGGAGGAGGGGCCACAUGUAAAGGAGGAGGAGCCACAGGAGGAGGCGGAGCUGGAGACUCAGGAGGCGGAGCUAAAGGAGGAGCCAAAGGAGGAGGCAGACGCCAGCAAGGAGACCAGCAGUAAAUCCUCCGAGAAAAGCCAAGAGGAAAACCGGGAAACGGACUCCCAGAAGCCCUCCAGCGUCAAGCAGAAGACCAGAGAGCGGCUGAGAGAAGAGUACUCUCUGGAGGACUCAGAUCUGGAGGGUCUGAGCGACAUCACGGUGAGUUCGGUUCACACCAGCGAUCUGUCCUCGUUUGAGGGCGACAGUGAAGAGGACGAGGCUCCGUCUGAAUCCACGGAGGAGGGAGAAAUCAGCUCUGAAGAGGAUGGCGGCAGUAAGACUCCAGCAGACGGCUCAGACAGGAAGCCUCGAGGUGUGCGUCAGGGUUACGUCCACAAGCCUUUCCUGUAUUCUCGUUACUAUAGCGACUCCGAUGACGAGGUGACGGUGGAGCAACGGCGGCGCUCUGUGGCUAAAGAGAAAGAGGAGCGUCUGCUGAAGCGGCAGCAGAACCGCGAGCGCAUGGAGGAGAAGCGCAGACUCAGAGCAGCUCAGAGCGAGGAGCAGGACCGUAAGAAGCAGGCGAGUGUGUGUGCAGAUGCGAGACCCCGAGCUAAAGAGGCUCGAAAAGAGAAGAAGUUCCUGGAGAAGAAGGUGGCUCUGAGCCGGCAGAGGAAGAGAGACUCCAGAAAAGAGGACGACAGGAAGAAGAGCGACACUGAAGGAGACUCGCUCCACAAAGAUGUGAAGUCCGCAGGUCAGAGGUCAGGGCGACUGGACGAGCAGCGCAGGAAGAAAUCAGACACUGAGGAGAAACUCUGCGACAGAAACCGUGUUCACUCCUUUAUCCUGGACCUGGAGUCGGGGACCGAGGAGCGGCAGAGAACUAAAACCGCUCGCAAAGAAGUGCACUUAAAAGACAAGGAGAGAAGAGACGAACACAAGCUCAAGCACAAACUCAAGACGGAGAGCAGAAAGACCGCAGACGCUGACGAAAAAGAUGGAGGAGCUGCGAAAGGAGGAGCAGAGGAGAAGAAGGGGUCAAAGGUCAAACCAGACAGGAAGAGCUCUGUGAUCCCCAGAGACACCAAAACACUGGAGGCUGCGGACGAAGCAAACCUGAAGAAAGGAAAGAUGGCCGCCGAUGCAAAAGACAAGGAGAAACCCAAGUCCAGUGGUAAGACCGAUUCAAAGCUGCUGCGGCGUCUGGACUCCACCGGCUCCUCAGAGGAGAGGUCAGAAGUCGAGACAGGGUCAGAGGUCAACAGGAAGAAGGACAAGCACCCUAAGGAGAUGCUGAAGAAGUCAAAGAGUCACACAGAGCUGCACCCCGAGGCGAGACCGGGGGAGAAGCUGAAAGUGCGAGCAGACAGGAGAGAUUCAUCAGUGGACAAAACUCAAGCACAGAAAUCCGGCUCUGAACCCGAGAGCGAUGCCCGGAAGCCAGAGACCGGCCUGAAGAGUAAAACACAGCCAGACAAACACAGAUCCAAAUACCAGAAUCCUGCUGCCGGAAAACCAGAGAGAAAAGCUGAAGCCAAGAGUAAACCAACAGAGGUGAAGAAAGAGGAGAAGAAAACCUCGGAGGAGAAGCUGAGAGACACAAAGGUGAGGAAAAUAAAGGUGCAUAAAGACUCUAAGCUGGAGGAGGAGAGUCUGGACGGCGCUGGCGUCUCAAGCUCCACACCUGUACCUGACGACCCUUUCGCCGCUCUGAGCGACGUCACACCUGAGUCAGAUGAUGAGGAGGCGGAGCCUAAAGAACCCCGCCCACUGUCAGCAGAGGCUGACGCCCUCCUGAGCCUGAUGGACAUCUCUGUGCGGCGGGAUGUUGAAGCCGACAUGAAGAUGCAGGAGGCGGCGCUCGCUCUACUCUCCAUGGGUCCUGAUGCCGGAUGCUCUUCUGAUAUUGUUGCCGCAGAUGCUCAGGUUGCCAUGGAGACAGUUGCUAUGGACCCAGAGAAUGCGGGAAGUCUGCCGGAAUGUGCUGUGGCUGAUGCAGCUGCAUCUGCUGCCACAGUGAACACCAUGGAGACGGAAUCUCUGAGGCUCCAGGAAGUGACAUCACAGGCCAAAGACACAGCGCAGACCCUCAGUGCAGACGCAGCCGAGACCUGCACUGCAGAUACAGCAGAACUGGAGAACACUUCCGCAGACGAGCAGAUUCAGACCUCCAGUGCAGACGCAGCAGAACCAGCGAACAUCUGCACUGCAGCAGAACCAGCGUCACCCGUCACUGAGGAUGCAGCCGAGCAGAUGCAGACCUCCUGUGCAGAUGAGACUCCUGCGCAGAUCCUCCCUGAACACACAGCAGAGACUCACUCACAGGAGCCUGCGCAGACUCUCAUGCAAACCACGGUAAACCCAGCAGAACCCACAGCUGAGUCUGCGCAGAUGGAUGAGGCAGAUGAACCUGAGCCUGUGCAGACCCUCAGUGCAGGAACAGCAGAGUCUGCGCAGACUCAUAGUGCUGAGACAGAGGAGCCUGCGCAGACGCUUAAAGCAGAUACAGAAUCUGCGCAGACACAUAGUGCGGAGACAGAGGAGCCUGUGCAGAUGCUUAAAGCAGAUACAGAGUCUGCGCAGACGCCAAAUGCAGAGACAGAUGAACCUCUGCACAAAAUGGAUGCAGAUGAAGCUGAAUAUGUGCAGACCCCGACUGCAGAGACAGCGCAGAUAAAUGAUGCAGACACAGAUGAAGCUGAGCUGAUAAUGAAUGCAGAUGACGCUGAGUCUGCGCAGAUGCUAACAGCAGAAACAGAUGAACCUGUGCAGACUGUUAAUGCAGAUACAUCAGAGCCUGUGCCAAUGCAAAUGGCAGAUGAGGCUAAACCUGCGCAGACGCUAACAGCAGAGACAGAUGAGCCUGUGCAGACACCUAAAGCAGAUGAAGCCCACCCUGCGCGGACACAUAAGGCAGAUACAGAGCCUGCGCAGAUGCUAACUACAGAUACAGUCAAAACUGUGCAGACGCUAAAUGCAGAUGAAGCCGAGCCAUCGCAGACGCUUAAUGCAGAUAAAGAUGAAACUGCGCAGAUGGCUGUUGCAGAUGAAGCCGAGCCUGCGCAGAUGCUAACAACAGAAACAGAUGACCCUACGCAGAUAGUUAAUGCAGAUACAUCAGAGACUGCGCAGACGCUAACAGCAGAUGAAGCCAACUCCAUGCAGACACUUGAUGCAGAUGAAGCCAAACCUGCGCAGGCGCUAAAAGCAGAUGAAGGCAGGUCAGCGCAGACGCUAGCAGCAGAUGAAGCCGACUCCUUGCAGACACUUAAUGCAGAUGAAGUCAAAUCUGCGCAGGCGCUAAAAGCAGAUAAAACAGAGACAGCACAGACAAAUACAGCAGAUGAAGCCAAACCUGCGCAGACGCUAGCAGUAGAUACAGAUGAACCUGCGCAGGUGCUAACAGCAGAUGAAGCCGAGUCAGCGCAGAUGCUUAAUAAAGAUGAAGCUAAACCUGCGCAGAUGCUAAAAGAAGAUGAAGCCAAAUCUGUGCAGACGCUAACAGCAGAUGAAGCCAAAUCUACACAGACGCUAGCUGUAGAUACAGACGAACCUGCGCAGAUGCUAACAGCAGACGAAGCCGAGUCAGCGCAGACGCUAGCAGUAGGUACAGAUGAACCUGCGCAGAUGCUAACAGCAGAUGAAACCGAGUCAGCGCAGAUGCUUAAUAAAGAUGAAGCUAAACCUGCGCAGAUGCUAAAAGAAGAUGAAGCCAAAUCUGUGCAGACACAUAGUGCAGAUGAAGUGGAGGCAGCGCAGACGCUAACAGCAGAUGAAGAUGAACCUGCGCAGACAACUAAAACAGAUGAAGCCAAGUCAGCGCAGAUGCUAACAGCAGAUGAAGGUAAACCUGCGCAGACGCUAACAGCAGGAACGGCUAAAGCUGCAGACGGCAGCGUUGUAGACACAGCUCGACCCAGUGGAGAGCAGGAGUCUGCAGCAGCAGCGGAGGAUGAGGAUGGUGAUGAAGAUGAGGAGGAGGACACGAGAGCGAGCCGGACUCCACGCAGAGGAAGAUCAUCCAGAGUGUCUGAAGCUCCCCAGAGAGAAACACGCUCUGCUUCACAGUCCAAGGAGGCGGAGCCAGCAGUGGAGGAGGAGCCAAAAGAGCAGAGCCGCAGGGGUCGACGCUCCGCAGCUCAGACCAGAGACACUCCGGCAGUGAAGCCUGCGCUGAAGAGGAAGAGGUCUGAUGAGCAGGAGCUGAAGGAGGAUCCAGAACCUUCUGCUAAACACAGGAGAGACGCAGCGAGUCCAGCUGGAGAUCAGGACGCCAGCAGAGCCAGUGAUGAAGAGGAGGAGCGCAAGGAGGAGGAGGAGACCACAGAGGACCAGCAGCGGAAACCUUCUCGCCGUGGACGACCCUCUAAAGCAUCCUCUGCCACUGAUGACUCAGACACUGGAGCCUCAGAGAAGAGAGACGGAGAUAAAGAAGAGAAAGAGGAGGAUGAAGAAGAAGAGAAGAAGAGUCGAGCAACGACCCGUGCUGCAUCACGCCUGGAGGCCGAGAGGAAUAAACCCAGCAAACCCUCAACACGAGCCCUGAGCAAACUGAGCAAAGAGGAGAGCACACCACACACACGGUCUGUAAGGGGCCGUAAACGGGACCCCAGUCCUCCAGUUUCUCGCACUCGUGGAGGACAGAAAUCUGAAGAUCCAGCAGCCAAACGAGCCAAGCGAUGAGUCCAGCGCAGACAUCCCAUAAUCCUCAUUUUAGUUAUCAUUGUUUUAAGGUCAGAGAGAGAGUGUGUGUGUGUGUGUGUGUGUGUGUCUCCGAGCAGCUGAUGACGAUCCAGUGAAGAGUGUGUAAAUACUACAUUCAGUUCUUAAACUCUGCUUUUUUAUGAGUGAUGUAAGUGUGUAAGUGUGUGUGUGUGUAAGUGUGUGUGUGUGUGCACGUGCGUGUGUGUUCUCAUGUUUCUGUCACCAGAGAGAUGCUCAUUCUGUGAAUGUCUUUAUUUUUCCAGUUGAUAUUUUUACCUUUCUAUGAUAAACUCCAGUGUGGAUCUGA